AUGGCGAGUCUGACAGGUGACCCAAUGUAUUCUCUUCAAGAGAUCCCUGGGAAAGGGAAGGGACUCGUCGCUACACGAAGAAUCGCCAAGGGCACACGCAUCCUAUCUGAAGAGCCCUUAAUCAGGGUGCCUGGCGCUCCUCUUAACCGCCAGACCCUACAAGCAUUAAUAUGCGAACAAGUCGACGCGCUUACUCAAGACCAGCGGCAAGCCUUCCUCUCCCUACAUAACAUGUAUUCCGACGACGCUUACUCACGGUAUAUUGGAAUUGUACGGACGAACGCACUUGCUUUCGUGGAUGAUGUGAGAGAAGGAAGUGUUUUCCUAGAGGCAUCUCGGAUCAAUCAUGCUUGCGAGAACAACGCCCAUCGAGGCUGGAACGAGAAUACCAAGCGGCACACCAUCCAUGCGUUGCGAGACAUCGAGGAGGGACACGAGAUCACAAUUCAUUAUCUCGGUACCCAUAAUAACCGCGAAACACGCCAAGAGGCUCUGCGAACAACAUUCAUGUUUACCUGCUCAUGUCGUCUUUGCUCCUUGCCACCACACCAGAGCCAAGAAAGUGAUCGAAGGCUAGAUGAGAUUUUGAGACUAGAAGGUUCCAUGGAUGGCAGUGGUGUGCCAAGGGCGUUCUUCGACGCUGCACAAAUUGCUAUCGUCAACGGAGACCUAGCCAGGGCACGAAUCUUUAUUGAGAAGGCCAGGCUUGGAUGCAUUACCAUGGACGGUGACGACAGCCCCCAGCUUCAAAGCAAUGUGCUGUCUCAGGACCCCUCAGAGAACAAGGCAUAUGGAUUGUCGAUGAAGUGGAAGACUGCUGUGAGUGAAAUUCCCAAGGAUCUCACCCCGGAAGAGUUCGAAGACUGGCUGUGGAGAAGGCAGAAGCCAAGACAACUCGGACAGCCAGUGAACUUCCGUGACCAGGCGGUAUUCCCAAGUUUUAUGAACUUGCCAGACGAGACAGAUGCGGAUCCCAUCUUCUACGAAAGCAGGGACGGGCUUACGUACCGGCCACGGCAGCAUUGGUGUUUUCUGGCUGAGAUUGUCAGCUUUGACACAUUGGCUCGUCUACGGAUGAACGUCAAAGAUGUUGACGGCAAGACGGUUCAGCUGAUCUUCUACACCGAAGGGCGUGGCAGUGAAAUGGCGCCAUCACAGAUUCGCAAUGGCUAUACAAUUGCUAUUCUCUAUGCACAGCGCCACGCGUUCAGCAUUCUCGAAACUGGAAUCCGUCAUGAAGAACCGGUGAAGCUCAAGGUAUUUCGAACAUCGCUCAACAAUUUGUUGGCUUUGAGCGACCGGGUCCAAACAUUCUCAACAGAAACGAAUGGAAACAGAGUAUGUCACGGCUGCGGUACGCAGGCGCCCUUGCGGAAUCGCUCCUGUCAGACUGCUGGCUGGCACGAGAAGGGCCACAAAGCAGAUUGCAAGCUUCUCAGAGACGCUGAUUUGAAGGGACUGCUUCAUCUCACCUGGGAAAAGUUUGAAGGCCAUGUUGCAUUUCCCUUGCGCACUUGA